UACAACACCUCAAGCCAGUCACCAUUUUUGUUUCACCCGGCCACUACAGGUCCAUCAAGAAUAGGGAAAAGUCUGAAGUUAGUGGUCGGCGGCGAGAUCCAGCAUCCCAAACGGCAUCGAUACCGAACUUGAAGAAGAAGAAGAAAGGGGGUCUCUCCGCUUGCGCACGAAGGGGAGAGGAGAAGAAUCUCCCUGUGAUUGGGUGGCUAUCGUCGACGAGGCUGUGGACUGGGUGGCAUGUAGUGGUGCAGCGGUCGGUUUUAAGGGAAUGGUGGUCCGGCGAGAGAUUGACGCGUCUGUGGCGGUGGCUCAUGGAGGUUAAGGUGCUGUGCGGUGGCGAUCGGCAUGGCUAAGGAUACCUCAGUGCAGGGGCACUUAGAGCCGCUCUUCUACUCAGCAAUGGAAACCCUAGACUCAGCACCGUCAACUCCUGCAAGAACCAUUGAUUCGGAGCAUCAAACACCAUCACCAUUGCCACCAUCGGUGCUCAGACUGUGGAGGCCUCAAGCGCAAAGAAAUUUGAGGAACCAAUGGUCACAAUUGGCGUCGUUCAAAAAUCGAUGGUUCUCUGCUUCCUCUGCAGGAAGAUCUCAUGCAACUGCUCUCGUUAAUUUUCAUCUCUCCCAAAGGUACAUGCCUGAUAUGAAAUUAGGUGUUCUGAGCGAUAUGCCUGGUAUAAGAAAGAGAGCUUGUUUGAAGCUAUUUAAGCGGCAGGAACUGCAAAGGAGCAAAUUAUUGUUGUGUUAUAAGGACAUGGUGGGUAUUGUAAAUGACAUGAUCAAUGUUAGCAGAUCGAUGAAGUGUUUCUUCAAAGGAUCAAGCAGUAGUCCUCUGUUACAGUUUUCUUAUAACUCUGCAGACCAGAGUGACUUUGGAGAUGCUGGAGAUGGUGGUGGAAUUCCAGUAUUUACAUUUUAUUCAAUCAAUUCACAUGAGAAAUUUGCAGAGGAAUUGGUUCAUAUGUUUAGGUCGGAACUGUGUUUGAAGCGGUUACUUGUUCUUGAAUUUAUGUCCAUUGGUUAUGACACUUCAGAGAUAAAACAAUUGCACUGGUCAACUCAGCUUUAUGACGAUGAAUUCAAAGAUUUGAUAGACUGCAAUCUAUACUGUGAAGUGAUUCGUGGACCAGUUUCACCAAGUUUUAAGGAUGAGAAGUCUGACAUUACCUCUUUAAGAUUUGACAACCAACCCACUCCUGAGAUUUUACAGGUUUAUUUAACAACGUGGCUUGCAGAGACAAACGUAGACACCCUCAAAGUGAAUGAGAUAUUUACCGUGGUAGGUGAAGAAAUGCAUGUUAGUAUUGUUUAAAGCUUCCGUCAACAGAAAUGAAUCUCCAUACAAAAAGAGUGCUUUGUCGUUUGGCAUCUUCCCUUGGAUGUGCGCAAGUGCGAUAGGUUGAAAACAUCGUACAAGCUGAUUUGCGUGGUAAAAGGACGAAUUUUGUCGCUGUCAAGGUCCGAGUUCAUUUAUUAUUAGGAUGAUGACUUUCAUGCAUUCGCAGAUAUGAAUGGUCAAUUCAUAAUAGUAUCCCAAGACGUUGACCAAUCCCAUUUUUCAUUAGUGUUUUCCACAAUUAAUGGAAACUAAGCUUUCACUGUCAAAAGAUAAUAACUUUGGACCACUUUAGAAAUAUAUGGAUCAGCAUAUGGCAAACAAAUAAAAUACGUCGAACAAUGGAAACAUGCGCUGAAUUUUUGGGACAACUUUGUGAGAAACUUAAAUAGAACGAAGAAACAUGCUUACGUUACGAGUGCGAAUUAAACUCAGGCCACGCACAUAUUAAAUUCUACAUAUGAAUCGGACAAUCGACACAUAUGAUUUAGAACAAUGAAAUAUAUAUACAAAAUAAAGGAAGAUGAUUUAGAAUUGGAAUUACAGAAAUAAUUAAAGAACCAGUUUAAGAUCUUAUGUUCUUGAAAGAAAACAAUUAAACAUUGAACAGCUCAUGCUUAAACUAAUCAGCUAAAAACGAGCCAAAUGGUAUGAUUAAAACUAAGUAAACUGCAUAUCUUAU